GUCGGCCAAACAGCAACAGUUGUGAAGCUUUAACAAUACGGAAACGUUCUUUGUGAAGUAUUGAAGUCAAUCACUCGAACAUGAUGAAAAUCACGAUCGCCGCCCUCACCCUGCUGGCCGUAGCCGUUGCUGCUUACGAGCACGAGGACUACCAUUCGCAUCCCAGCUACAAGUUCGAGUAUGGAGUAAAGGAUCCUCACACCGGAGAUCACAAGAGCCAGUGGGAACAUCGAGAUGGAGAUGUCGUCAAGGGAGCAUAUACCCUUCACGAGGCCGACGGAACUGAGCGAGUAGUUGAAUACACUUCCGAUAAGCACAACGGCUUCCAGGCUCACGUCAAGCGAGUGGGCCAUGCUCACCAUCCGGAAGUGUAUGGACACCAUGAGGCUGGCCAUUCGUACGGUGGACACGGUCAUGGACAUGCCAGCAGCUACGCCAACGGCAACCUGUACCAGCAUCAUCAUUAGGAUAUAGAUGUACUUGAUGCGAGAAAGUUCCUUAUUAUGUGAUUUAAAUAAAAGAAUGCAAAGAGAAGCUAAAAUGUA